GGGCGCCCCUACCCGGUGGCCUUGAUCGACCUGCCUGAGCUUCCAGCACGAAUGCUUCCAAGACAUUGACUAGUCUAGGCUUCUACAUUCCUGUCACCGAGGCGUUUACCAAAUGCCUAGUAUAUUCUCCCGCCUCAAGGGGAAGGACGGCCCCACCAAGAUAUCCAAGUCCAAGAAGAAUGGUAACCUCGAUCACCUCACAAACCAGCUGCCGCAGAAGCCUCAAUGGGAGGAUGGCUUCGCGCGAACGACGGUCGAGCCCGAAGAGGUUCAGGAGCUGGUGCACCGUUGCACAUCGGAGCUGAAGGCUAGAGGCCUUGACAUACCAUUCUUGCUCCUCCCUUUCCGCCCGACCUCUAACCCUAGUGCAGUCCGGACGUUUAUACGGCAUUUCUUUGACCACUCCUCGAAUCUGCGCGGUGAUGUGCUGGGUCAGGAGCUUCGAAUGCUAGAACCAAUGGUAAUCUCUGGCGUUAUUAAGUGGUGCUGGGCUAGGUUGCAAGGUGGCGUAGUGGGCUGGGAUGCCUAUGAGCUGUUCAAAGUGGGCGAGCAUGACUCGGAUAUGGCGCGCGAUUCCUUCCGAACGUUCAUACCCCUCAGUGUAGAGAAUGAGGCGAGGACAUCCAUAAUAUUCGACUUCUUCGAUCUGCUCGCUGCCGUAGCCGCGCACGGCAAGAUGAACGGCUUCGGUGGUCGCAAACUCUCUCGGAUGGCUUCUUGGUGGGCUUUCGAACACAAGGAUACUAGCAACGGCUUCGAGGGUGGCUACAAACUUUGGCUCAGAGCAGCGGAUGCGACCAGCCAUCUGUUCUUCGCCUACCUACGAUCAGUUGCCCCUCAGCAAACACAGGCUGGAAUCUCCAUGCUUCCAAUGUCACUUCAGAAAUUGCUUCAGGAGACCGAGUAUCCUCCGGAAAGGCCGUCGCUCAUGAUGUCAACAACAUACAAGGUGGUAAUGAUCGUCGAGACAGUAUCGCCGACCCCAUUUGCGCUCCUCAGGCGAGGCAACCAUUUCCAGUACCGGGACAGCGACCGGCCAUUAUUUGAAUUUUCCGACUAUGAGGAUCCUGUCCAGGCAUUGACGGAGGAGUGCCGCAGAGUUCUUAAGGCGAUUGCUGCGGCAAACCAGACGCAGGCAGUGUCCAGCGCCAAGCAUUCGACGGGGCUGCGCGAUGCCUCUUGGUCACGAUUUGAGGAUAUCGGAUUCGGUGCGACGCUAAUGGAGGAGGAUGAUGAUUCGGAGCAGAAGCAAGGGAGACGACAGAUUACUGGGCUCAGGACUACGCCAGCUUCGGGAGUGAAUCUUGCACGGCCAACCACGCCAUCAUGGGCCGACUUUUUGUCUUCUGGAUUUGCGCAGGAUGGGCCCAACAGCCCCUCGAACCUCCUACUCCCACCCGACAAGGUGCUCCCGCCCAUCGACACGACAGUCCGUCAGCGCAGCGCACAGUCUCACCGGCCAAGGCUGGAGUCGGAGCAGAACCUGGAGCCAGGAGAGCUGGCAAGCAUAUCCCGUUUGGAGCUGGAUGACUCGUUCUGGUGGGUGUGGAUGACCAGCCUCGCACCCGAGGAGACAGCCGAGAGAAAGUCUUCGUUUGGACGAUGUGCCGUUAUUGAGACGCAGAUCCGCAGCGGACGUUGGCUGAUAUUCGAGGAGAUGGUCAAGGGCGCCGCGCCGGAGCCCGAUGAGGGUGCUUAUAUUGCGGAGAAGAAGAGUUUCUUCAGUUGGACGCGCCGCAAUAAGACAGGCAUGUCUCGCAGCAAGUCGGUGGGUAAGAAUAUGCUCGGCAGGGGAGAUGGUCAUGGCAGCGACAUGAGCAACAGCAAGACAAGCAUCGGCCCAGAUCAGCAAGCCAGGAUCCAAGCGGCAGCACAGAGACUCCACGAAAGAGAGAUGAUGGAGAAGCAAGCGGCUGCUCAGAACUCGCCGACAAGGCGUGGAAGGACGGACGCUGAGCUGAUUGCCGAAAAGACAAAGAGCAUCAUGACGAUCCAAUCUGGUCUGAAGACUGAGGCGUCCCCGGCGAUGCAGUGGGCAAACCGGUACGACAAGGAGGCCAUCCGCGAAGCCUAUCUGUCCAGUUCCAGCACAGGCCGGGGUCUUGGUCAGUCAACCAUGCAGACCAAUGGCAACGGUUCAUAUACGCCCAUCCAAGAGGAUGACGAAGCGCCGCCCCCUCCUCAGAAGUCGCCCUCUCUAUUCCCCCCUGCUUCGCCCGCAGUGGCGCCACAAUCUCCCGUCACGAGACAGCCGCUUUCGCAGGGGCCAACGCCAGAGCCGGCGGCCUUGCCUCCGCCUCCCCAGGGGCAGCAUAGUAUGGACCUGCAACGAAGCAACCUGGUUUCCCCAGAACCCGAUUUCAGCCCUGAUAAUAAAAAACAGCAGAAAAAGUUGCACAAGGAAAAGGAGAAGGAGAAGGGAUCAGGUGGAUUCAGAAAAUUGUUUGGUCGCAAGAAGGACAAGGAGCCUAAACAGCAACAGGGCUCUGAGUUUACAAGCAACGGCUUUCCGCCAGUAGCAGCGGCAGGAGUAGCAGGAGGCACAGUAGCCGCCGCCGCACUGUCGCCGGAGCCCCAUAUGGCUGGAGCAAGCUCGCUCGCAGCGCCCAGCGAGCGAACCGAGGAUCUGACGCCUCGAGCCCACACUCCCGUCACACCCACCAUACCCGCAGCCGGCGGCCCACCUCCCGUCACAGAAUAUGAGCCAUCCAUUGAGACAGUAUCGCCGAUCGAGACGGUGGAUGCCAACGAGGCGCACGAGGAGUUCAGUCGGUUUGACCAGGGCCCACUAGCGGACCAGCCAGCGUUUAUUCCCGACGACUCGGACUCCGACGCGUCGUUUGAUGCCAUCCCGCCACCUAUUGCUAGGCAGCGAGAGAACCCGGCCGCCCAGGCACCACCGUCCCCUGCUCCCGUCCAGGCACCUGCUCCUGAGGUCCAGUCGCCAAGUACCCUGACACCAGCGCAGGACAGGUGGGCACAGAUACGCAAGAACGCGGCGGAUCGUGCGGCACAGCAAAGGCAGAGCGAGGAUCAGAGCCAGGGUGGGUACAGUAAGACGACGGAUGGCGACGGCGACACAAGUGGAGAGGAGACUAUUGAAUCGAGGGUUGCUCGAAUCAAAGCCAGAGUGGCUGAGUUGACGGGCAACAUGGAAGGCUCGGCGCCACCCGGCAGCCGUACGCCCCCUCCGAUCCGUCGUUAAUGAGACACGCUCCAGUCCAUAGGGGUCACCUGAACGGAUGAGACGGAAAACCUAAGCUAUAUGAUUUUCGUUUAUGAUCUUCUGGUUGUUACACCUGAUCUUGCAUAAAACCAACUGAACUUGUUUUUCUUUUUUCUUUUUUUUUUCUCUCUUUCUCAUUGCUGCGAGAUUCUUCUAUUUUUGGUACUUCUGCGAGACUGAUACGUCGGCAGUUUAUUGUCAUAUUCGAUUCUGUAUGCUGGACAAGUGACACUGGGUGUCUUUUUGUCAUUUUUGGUAAUCGACGCACGAUGGGGGUGGGGGGAUGCAGUGCUUUUUGCAACAAGAUGUUAGCCUUUCUAGAAGGCCUUGGAACUGUAUUUCUUGUUGUCUACUCUUUUUCUUCUUUCUUUUCUUUUCUUUUCUUUUUUUUUUUUUUUUUUUUUGUCUCUGCCUUGACUUCUUAUACAGAAUACCCAACUAGCAGUAAUGAUUUGUG